AUGUACUCCUGGAAGCUCAUCAUGUGAAGGAGCUCAUCAUACAAAGGAGCAGAACGUUGAAAGAUCUUUCAGCUGAAUUUGCAGGGGUUCAGAUCUUUUCACACCUCUUGGCAGCCACGCUGCGCCAACACAAAACGUACCAAUGGAUCAUGGAAACCCUACGCGAGAACCAGAUCUUAUACAAGUGGGGCUUUCCAAUUCGAAUGAUCAUCUUGAGGAACAAGGCUACCUCUAUGGUGCACUCAGCGGAAGAAGGUAACCGUCUCCUACAGCAAUGGAACCUACAACCUAAGUCAACAAAGACUGGUCCCCUGCUUGAUCACACCACCACAGCUCCCACAG